UUCAUUUUUCCAAAUUCAUUUCCCGCCCUCUACAAGAAAUAGAAAAACCCCCCAAACCGAAAACAAAAUCUAUUUACAAAUUACAAGUAAACUUUCCCUCACUACUCUCUGCUUGUACAAUGGCUGUUGCUUCAGGUUCUAAGCAAAAGGAAGGAAAAAUGAAGAGCCCAACGAAGAAGAGGAAUAAGGAGUCUCAAGAGCAAUCGGAAAAGGUUAUUUCUACUCCUGCGAAGCGUAACAAUUGUCCCGGAGUACGUCUUGUGGGUGGGCGAAUCUAUGAUUCUUUUAAUGGCAAGACAUGUCAUCAGUGCCGCCAAAAGACAAUGGACUAUAUGGCUGCAUGUAAGAAUAUGAGAAAUGAUAAGCCUUGUCCAAUUCGUUUCUGUCAUAAAUGCCUAUUAAACAGGUAUGGUGAGAAGGCAGAAGAAGUAUCACUUUUGGAGGAUUGGAAAUGUCCAAAAUGCAGAGGCAUUUGUAACUGCAGUUGUUGCAUGAAGAGACGAGGUUGCCAACCCACCGGUAUACUUGUGCACACAGCAAAGGCAACAGGAUAUUCUUCUGUUUCAGAUAUGCUGCAGACUAAGGGGCUUAAUAAUAUUGAUCGCAUCAAAGUUCUGAAAGACACGAAUACUACAAACAAUGAGGAAAGCAUUGUUUCUGCUGAAAAUCAGGGGAAGGAAAAUUGUGUUGAAGGGGUGAUAGACUUAAAUAUGCAUACUUCUCAUUUGUCAAAAAGUCCCAGUGUGGGAUGUAAAAGGAAAGUGGUUAGCGAAAAGCCCGAUGGAAGGCUUUCGUUAAAGGAGAAUAAUCCUCUUGGCAAGGGAAAAUCUAAGAGAAUCAAGCAAGAGGGAGCAACUGAAGUGAAUGGUAAGACAAACAGUCAUAAUAAAAGGAGAUCAGAGAAUAAUGAAGUGAGUGACCUUGGUGUACAAAACAUUCCAUCUUCUGAAGAUAGUCCACAUGGUGGUGAAAAGAAGCCAAAAAAAUUGAUGCAAGGUCAACCAAGAUCAAAUUUUGAUAGCAAGAGAGGUGCUGUUGCAUCAGUGAAAGAAACUCUAUUAGGAAAAUCUCAAGAUUCUAGAAAGAACAACAAGGAAAGAUCUGUCAAGGAAGGUUCUGUGGAAGAUAACACUAUUGAAAAUAAGGAUCCUUUUGCCUUAACUUCAUUGCCCCAGGGCACUGGUUUGACAGCUGUUGGUGGCAUUGAUCUACAGUCGGAAGAUAUUGGGAAUGCUUUACAAUUUUUAGAGUUCUGUGCGGUUUUCGGAAAGAUUCUUGACAUCAAGAAAGGGCUACCAGAAGCUGUUCUUAGAGAUAUAAUGCAGGGGAGAAGUUCACGACGUGGAAAAUGUUCUUUGACAAUGCAGUUUCUUAGUAACUUGCUAUCAUUUUUAAAGGACGAGGAUGAGGAAAGAUUUUCAGCAGUAACUUCAACAGAAGGGAAAAACACAUGGUAUGCUGAUAUUAAAAUGUGCAUCUCAGAAUCCCCCAGUGUUUCAAGAACCAUGGGCUUGGAUUCUUUAAGUGAUGGAGCUGAUCAAUUUGAGAACUUGAGUCCCUCAGAAAAGCUCAAGAUAUUAAAUUUUAUCUGCGAUGAAGUCCUUGAAACUGUAAAGAUAAGGGAUUGGAUUGACGAUCAAAACACAAAAUUUGCUGAAAGGGCAAAGGAAGCAAAAGAAAAAGUUAUUGCUGCAAAAGAUGAGGAGAAGCGCCUGAAGCAGAAAAUGCAGGAUCGGAUAGCUCAAGCCCUAAUUGCGAAGAAUGGUGCUCCACUCUCAAUAUCGGAACAUGAAUCAAUUGUUUCUCAAAUUAAAUGUGAAGCAGCAGAAGCUCAUGCUUCUGUGAUGGAGUCGAAGAACACUUAUUCAAAGUGUACGUUCUUAUUCUACAUGCAAGUUUUAAGUUCAUUUAUUUUACAUGUAUGACUUGCAUAAGUGUGCAUAUCUAAUCAGUCAUGUUAAAAGGAAGCCCAAAAUGGAAAGACAUGUUAAUAAAGUAGAUUUUCUGUUCAUGAUGGUGUUAUGUGGACCAAUAAACGACUUGUUAUAUAUUUUCUAUUCUAGCUCUAGAACCAUGUCAUCAGUUAUUACCUUAUAGGAUAUAUAGAGCCCCAAAAGAGAUUCUAAGCCUUUUGCUUUAACAUGGAGUAAGUUUCGUGCUAGUACACCAACUUAAAGAGGCGCAAUUAAGUUAGACUAGUUACAUUCAUUCUAUUUGUCUCACUCUAGAUUGAAUAGAAGGUUUUCCUUGUUCACUUGCCAUAAAUAAUGUUAUUGGCAAAUCUGAUUCCUAAACCAGGGCUCUCUCUCUCUCUCUCUCUCUCUCUCUCUCUCUCUCUCUCAAGGAGAGGUAGAGACAGAAUUAGACAAAUAGAUUGACAGCAGUUAGCUUGGACUGCAUUAAGACUUGAUUUCAGUAUUGAUGUAGCAUCAGCUGAUUCAAGUCCUGCCAAUGUAGUUGGUAGUUAAUAUUGAGAGAGUUUGAGUGUCUUGUAAGAAAGCUUUGGGUGUUAUCAUUUUGUAUCUAUAGUAUGCCAUGAUAAAUAAAAGCAAUAUUUGUUUUGCAACCUGAUGCAAAAGUGUUGCUAUUCAGCAUGCUGCAAGGUGCUGGGUUUUGAUACAUGCACCUGCCUAUUUUUAUUGUGGUAACUUAUUUUACUGUACAUGAUGUUUGAGUUUUUAAUGGUUGUCAAAGAGUGCUGGUAUUUUAGGAUUGUUUUGUCUUGUAUAUGAUAGCAUUUUCCUACCAUCUUUGAUUUGUCUUGUGAAACUAUUGAGCUUUUACCAAUGCAAAAUUCUGUCUUCUUUCCAAGAUUUUGGAAUAGGCUAAUAUCUUGUGUGAUUUUGAAUUCAAGACUAAAUAGCCCCUCCCAGUUAAAUCUUAUGGUUAACUCAGCGAAUAGUUAACUUUGCAAGUUGAAUGACAACAUUGCCCUUAGAGAGAGUACCUUUACUCUCCUCUCAUCAAUUGAAGAUCUGCUAAAUAUUCCACUGUUUUACAAGGGUUAGUAUUUUCUCCGAGAAAUUUAUUAUUAAAUUGUAAGCUGAGCUGAUCAUAAAAUGCUUUUACUUGUUUCACUUUUUGGACCAAUAUAUAAUUUGAUCUAGUGAAGCACGUCGGUAGAUCACCAUCCUUCUCAAAGAAGUAAAUUAUAGUACCUUGAUAAUAUGGUGAGUAGGUUGUCGGCCGUUGCCCCACAUUCCAUAAUAUAAUGGCUAGUGAAAAGAUGGAAAAUUCUAACUUUUCACAACCAUCAAACACCUGCACCAUGCGACCAGAGAGGAUAAAGAGCAGAUCAAUAACACCAAAAUCAAUCAUGUAAAGUGAAACAAAGCAAAAUUAUAUGAACAUAUAUUGCUAUUUCCCCAUCCAGGCUUUCACUUUAUUCAUAAAUGAAAUUUCUGUAUGAGAUAUGCGAAAUGCUUGUUUGUUGAUGAUU